GGACCGAAAACCACCAAACGAAAUCAUCAGCACAACCGGCGAGCACAAUCACCCGAAAUCAAAUGCAUCCAUUACAGUGUCCCGGGGCACGAAACGGGGAGUGGAGUAAAAUAUUUCUUGCCUCAUUGAUAACCGAAAAACUUUCUCCUUUAGCACCGGCCGGGGACUUUGCUUUGCCGCUGAAAAUCGAUUCGAGCCCGAACUCGAGGCGAAAUAAACGGACCGCCGAAUGAAAGCACCCACAAGCAAAACAAAAAAAAACAGAAAAGGAACUUCUCUGCGCCAUUGAGGCGUUGGGUAAUCACAUCACCAACAAUUCAACCCAGCUUGGAAUGGGUGGGCUGUGCUGUGGAGCACAAAAGUUCCGCACAAAAAUUGCACAAUACCGUCCCAUUAUUCCCUUGCAAGAAGUAAAACUUUCGGGCCCCGCUUUGUUUGUGGCACAAAACUACUGCCCGGGAUGGUCGGUACGUACAGAACGGUCCGUGCACUCGGUGGAUCAUCAUGUCGAAGUGGAUUAAUAAGCGCAAGGUGUCCAUCCUGAACCUGGCCCCACCGUCCAAACCGGGCCCGGCGCUGCAAGCGACCCCGGUCGGCGAGCAGGAGUUCGAGCAGCUGUUCCAUUUCGCGUUCAAGUGCUUUCGACUGUUUGCCCUGACGCCGGGCCUGAUGGACAGGCAGAAGGAUCGGUACCGGGUGCGCAACACGCGCUGGAUGAUGCUGAUCGUGCUGCUGCUGGUGGUCGUCGCCUGGAUCGCGCUGUUCGAGACGUUCUUCAUCGAGCGCCGGACGGCCCUGAUCACCGGCAUUGCCAACCACAUCCAGUUCCUGAUGAACACGAUCGCACUGACGGUGGCCUGGGUCGUGCCGCAGCUGAAGGCGGACGAGCUCGGCUCGAUACUGGACGGCUUUUUGCUGAUCGAUCGCGAGCUGAGCAGCUACAACGUGCACGAGGUGGCGGGCUACAAGCGCGUGUCGUUUCUGCUCCGGUACGGUGUGGUGCUGCUGGCCCUAAUGUCGCUCACCGUCUACGAUGGGUUUGUGUCGUUCGUGCAGCUCACUACGGUCGAGGUUUGGUACUGGCUGUCCCACCAGCUGCCGUUCAUCAUCUACGCGAUGGCAUUUCUGCACGCGUACGUGCUGAUCUACUGGCUGCAUGCGCGGUUCCGCCGGCUAAACACGCUGGUCGAGCAGUACUACAGGCAGGGACACAUCUUUGCACCGGCGCGUCAAACGAUCAUCAGCUUCGCGACGAUGGUAAAGCUGGACGAGGAGUCGGCGGUCGGUGAGGAACUACACUCCGUGGGGCGGCGUGAAAUAUCGGACGACCUGCUGGUUCUUGCGAUCGUUUCGCGCACGAUCGAUCUCGGGCAGAAGAUUGAGUCGUACUUUGGCCCACUCUUCCUGACCGUCUACACCGCACUGUUCUCGGUCACCACGAUCCAAUCGUACUACUGCUAUCUGCAUCUGACGGCCAAGGGUGAUCGCGGCCUGUCGAUUGAAACGCUCGUCCUGUCGGGUGGAAUCAUUCUGUACAAUGUAAUCGCGAUCGUGGCCCUGCCGUACAUCUGCGAGCAGGUGGAGAGUGAAUCGAAGCUGCUGAUGUCCUACCUGUCGAAGCUUUCCAUGAAGCACAGCCAGGUGGCGCAACACUCGUCGAUUUGGUUCCCGAACCUGAUCUCGAGCGUUCGCUUCUCGGCGUUUGGUUUCUUCACCAUCAACUACAACAUGCUGUCGGGGCUCGUUGCCGGCAUGGUUACGUACCUGAUCAUCUUCAUCCAGUUCAACUCGAUGGUACCGGCCAGUAAGGAUGACACGCACCACACUCGCAAGCAGCACGUAACCGAGGAGAGGUUCUAGAUCCGAAGUUCAAAAAACGCACCGUACAAAAGGCUAAUAAUGCACCUAAGGCCCGGUCUUUUCGCCUUUGUGGUAAACUUUCGCACAAUUCACAGCACUCAAGCUAGCAAUAAAUCAAUAA